AUGUGUGAAGUGAUCAGAUAUGUUCAUAUUGAAGGGGACCAUGUUGAAGUAAAGGAAUCAUUCUUGGGCUUCUUUCCUGUUGCUGAAAAGACUGCUGCUGAGCUCACAGAAAAUAUCCUGUACCAGCUGCAGGAAGAUGGACUAGAUAUAAGCCUUUGCCGUGGUCAAGGAUAUGAUAAUGCUGCAACUAUGGCAGGGAUUCAUGGAGGUGUUCAGGCAAAAAUAAAAGAGAUUAAUCCCAAAGCUUUGUUUAUGCCAUGUGCAAACCAUUCUCUGAACCUCUGUGGGGAUCACUCAUUUGGAAGUGUUGCUUCCUGUGUGACCUUUUUUGGAACAUUGGAGAGUGUAUUCCUUUUUUUCAGUUUCUACACCUCGUUGGGAAUUUCUGAUGGAGAAUUUAGGUGUGACAGUGAAAAGACUUUCCAAAACAAGAUGGAGCGCUCAUUAUGAUGCUGUGAAGCCAGUGAGGGCAAAUUUUGAAAAACUGUCUUCAGCCCUUGAAAAACUGUAAUCCCAAAGAAAAUGUGGACACAAGAGGAUCGGCUCAGAUGAUGCUGUCUGCUGUAUGUGAUUUUGUUUUUUGUGUUACCUUUCUUUCUGGUGUGAAGUUCUAGAAGAAGUUAAUAUCACACAGAAGUAUUUCCAAACAGUGGGACUCACUCUUGAAAAGUGCAUUGUGAAACUACAAGGUCUGAAAGUGUUUCUUGCAGAUCAGCGCAUUGAAAUUGUGGAAAAGGCCAUUUGUCAUGCAACUACUAUGUGUAAGGAAAUGGACAUUUCUAUGGAAAGAAGAGGGAGAGUAAAGCUCCGGAAAACAAUGCCUAGAGAGAAGGCAAAGGAUGCUGGUCUCACAUUGCCAGAGGAAAUGAAAAGGGCUAUGUUUGAGUGCCUUGACCGUUUUCAUCAUGAGUUGGAAAUUAGUUCGCAGGCAAUUGAAAAAAUACUUUCAAUGUUUGCUAUUAUUCAGCCAAAUGCUCUGGUUGUGGCAACAGAGAAAGAUAUUCGUAAUUAUACUCCAAAAUCGACUGAGAUUUUUGAUGAAUUCUCUAAUGAAGAUAUCUCUAGGGAAAGUGAACGUCUUUUGGAAGCUGCCAAGAUCAGUGUUGAAGAAGCAAAGAAAUGGACGGCAUUGCAGUUCCUGGAAUUCAUUGUUAAAUGGGAUUAUUGUGAAUCUCUACCAAAUGUGUCACUGUGUUUAAGAUUAUUUUUGACUCUCUGUGUGUCUAUUUCUUCAUGUGAAAGAAGUUUUCCCAAAUUAAUUUUUUUAUUUUUUUUAUUUCGCUCAACCAUGAGUGAGACAAGGUUGACAAAUCUGGCAAUACUUUCAAUUGAGCAUGAAUAUGCAAGGAAGAAUGGCUUUGAUGAAGUAAUCGAUAAAUUUGCAGAAAUGAAGGCUCGAAGGCAGAGGAUGUGA